AUGGGGGAAACGAGCAUUAAUCUUGCGCAGCGCAGAGGACAAUUAAAAACGUCUUUAAUAAAAUUCGAAAAAUAUUUGAGUAGCGGAAAAGUCUCAAUAGAGCAAAUACCAUUUCGGAUAGAAAAAAUAGAGGCUGUUUGGUCAGAGUUCGAAGUAAUUCAAGGAGCUAUAGAGCUCGAAGAAGAGAUAAAUAUGGAGGAGCAAGAUAUAUAUAGAGAGGAAUGUGAAGAAUUAUUUUUUAGAACAUUAGCCAAAGCAAAUAAAUUAAUUGGUAGAGUAAGUUCGUCAAAGGUCGAAAAUAGAGAAAUCAAAGAAAAUCAAUAUAGCUGUCAGCAAAGUUCUUGUGGUCAAACAAAUAAAUUUAUUUCUCACGUUAAAUUAGCUCCUAUAAGUAUUUCAGUAUUUACUGGCGAAUACAGUGAAUGGAAACCUUUUUAUGAUUUAUUUUCUAAACUUAUACAUGUUAAUGCGGAUCUAUCGGAUAUUCAGAAAUUUUGCUAUUUACGCUCAUCUUUAUCAGGAGAGGCAGCAAAUAUUAUUAAAAGUUUAGAAACAACAGCGAAUAAUUAUGAAAUCGCGUGGAUAAUGUUAAAAGAGAGAUAUGACAAUAAUAAGUUAAUAAUUCAAACCCAUGUGAAAGCUAUUUUUGAGCUAGGAAUGGUGCAUCAAGAGUCUGCUGUUAAAAUAAGAGAAUUUUUGGAUUCUUUAGUCUGUCGUAUUAGUGCAUUAAAAAUGUUAGAAGAAAAACCUGAAGAAUGGGGGCCGAUGUUAAUGCAUUUAAUUUGUACUAAGCUUGAUAGAAAUACGCUAAGUAGAUGGGAAGCAGAAUCACCCCAAGAUAGAAUAGCACGUGUAUCCGAAUUUAUUACAUUUUUGGAAAAUAGAGUAAAAGUAUUAGAAGCGUCAAAAAAUAUUUAUUCGCGAGGUAACCAACAACUUGGUAACCAAAAUAUGUUUAUCAAACAAAAUAAGUAUAGAUCAGCUGCGGUAACAACUACGCAAGGAUUAAAAUGUUAUGUUUGUGAGUUGCCACAUACAAUAUACCGUUGUCCACAGUUUAUUUCAUUAUCAAUUGCGGAUAGAAUUAAAAAGGCAGUGGCACUCAAACUAUGUAAAAUUUGUUUGAGACGGCAUAGUGAAAGAUGUACAGCGCGUUAUUGUUUAAAGUGUUCAAAACCACACAAUGUAUUGUUGCAUUUAGAUAUAACUCUAAAUCAGGAAAUAAAAGUAGAUAAUAAUACUACAAACGAUAAUUCAGUAGUCUCAGAUAACGUAUCAACGAGCGCUAUUGCAGCUGCUCAAUUACACGAACAAGUGUUGUUGUCAACAGUAGAAGCUUAUGCAGGUAAUGUUAAAGGUGGAAAAGAAAAAUGUAGAAUUUUGCUGGAUUCUGGUUCACAGUGUAACUUUAUAAGCGAAUAUAUGGUACAAUCAUUAAGGUUGCGUAAAUCGCGAGUACACCACAGUGUCAUUGGCAUAGGAGGUACUAAAAAAAAUAUUACUUCAGCGGUUACAGUAGUAAUUACAUCGCGCAUUAGUUUAUUCAAAAUAGAAGUACAAUGUUUGGUUGUUCCUAAGAUAACAGGAUUUAUUCCGUCGAAUAAUAUAAAAAGUAAAUAUUUUAUUCCGGAAGGUAUUCAAUUAGCAGAUCCGUCUUUCACAGUACCGCAAAAAAUAGACUUAUUACUCGGAGCAGGUCACUUUUUUGAUGUUUUAUGCGCGGGUAAAAUUAAACCGUCCGAGGACGGACCAAUAUUUCAACAAACGCAGUUUGGUUGGGUAAUUGCAGGAGUGGUAAAUCCGGGCUGUAGUCAAGCGUAUCAUUCUAUUAGUUAUUCGGCAGUGAUUGAUCACGAAAAUCAAUUAGAAAAUAUGUUAUCUAAAUUUUGGUGUUUGGAAGAAGUAGGAACAGCCGCGCCUCUAACGUUAGAAGAUAAAAAAUGUAAAGAGUUUUUCGAAAAUACGGUUAAGCGAGACGAUGUCGGUAGAUUUAUGGUUUAUUUACCUUUUAAAGAAGGGGAAAAUUAUAAAUUAGGCGAAUCAUACGAGAUAGCAAAAAAGAGAUUUUUAAAUAUGGAAAGAAAGUUGCAAAAAGACGAAAAGUUAAAAGAGGAAUAUAGUAAAUUUAUGAAAGAAUACGAAAUAUUGGGUCAUAUGCAGAAAAUUAGUGAAAAGAAACCCAUAGUUGGGGAACAUAUAUGUUACUUACCGCACCACGCUGUAUAUAAUUAUAAUAGCACAACAACACGACUUCGUGUGGUAUUCGAUGCGUCGUGUAAAACGUCAUCUGGUAAGUCACUGAAUGACGUACUAUUAAAAGGUCCCGUCUUACAAGACGAUAUGAUUUUUAUUUUAAUACGUUUUAGAAAACAUAAAGUUGCUUUAACUGCAGAUAUAAAAAAAAUGUAUCGACAAAUUAAUUUAGCUCCUGAACAUUGUGAAUACCAAAUAAUAUUAUGGAGAGAAAAUCCAAAAAUGCCCAUAGAAAUUUAUAAAUUAACAACAGUCACAUAUGGUAUGAGUCCUUCGUCGUUUUUAGCAACUGCUUGUUUACGUACUUUAGCUAGUCAGGAAGAAAAUUAUUAUCCAUCAGCUUGUUCUGAAAUAAAAAAUAAUUUUUACAUGGACGACUAUUUAGGAGGCACAGACACUAUCGAAUCAGCUGUUCAGUUACGCGACGAUCUUAUCUGUAUAUUUCAACGAGCCGGUAUGUCGCUGUGUAAAUGGUUAUCUAAUAAAAACACAGUUGUAGACGACACGGUUGAAAAUAAAAAUAACGAACGUGCAUUUGAAUCAACGAUAACAAAAAUACUUGGUCUAACGUGGGACCCCGCUAAUGAUAUGUUUAUAUUUAAAAUAAAUUUAAACAUUUACGCGGAAAGUGAUUUAACUAAAAGGAAAAUAUUAUCUGAGGUAGCCAGUAUUUAUGAUCCGCUUGGUCUUUUAGGACCUGUAAUAAUAAGAGCCAAACUCUUCAUUCAAAGUUUAUGGAACAUAAAAUUAGCGUGGGAUGAAGUAUUAACUGAUAAUAUAAGUGAAGACUGUGAAGACUGGUUAAAUUAUCGCAAGAGCUUGUUAACUUUGAAUAAUUUAAAAGUGCCGCGAAAAAUAACGUGUGAAAAAGAUAUUUCGUCGAUAGAAAUACACGGUUUUUCGGACGCAUCAGAAAAGGCAUAUGGUGGAUGUAUAUACUUACGAUGCACCGAUAUAGAUGGUAAACAUAGUUUAAGGCUUAUUUGUGGGAAAUCAAAAAUAGCUCCAUUAAAAGUAAUUUCUAUACCCAGAUUAGAACUACGCGCAGCGUUAUUACUCGCACGGUUAUCUUAUAAUGUUAUGGAAAAGUUAAAAUUAAAUAUUAUAAAAAAGUACUUUUGGACGGACUCAAAUAUAGUUUUGGCGUGGAUAUCUUCUCCAUCCACAAAUUGGAAGACAUUCGUUGCUCACCGAGUUGGUGAAAUUCAGAAUUUAUCUUGUCCAUCAGAAUGGGCUCAUGUACGGUCUCAGGAUAAUCCAGCCGACUUGCUUUCUAGAGGAUGUGAAGCGAAGUUGAUGAAUGAGAUGCAGUUAUGGUGGCAAGGACCGUCUUGGUUGAGUAAGGAUAAAACGGAAUGGCCAAGUAAAAAUAAUGGAGUAAUAGAAAUUUCAAGCAAUAUGUUGGAAAGAAAAAGUACAACUAAAUUUAUUGGUAAUGUAAUAGAAGAAGCUAAUUUGUUAGACAAAUUUUCAUCUUUAAAUAAAAUUUUACAAAUGAAUGUUGAAGGAAGAAGUGGUAGAGGAAGACCUAAAAAGAGAUGGAAGGAUUCUCUUGAAGCAAUAUGA